AUGUCAAAGAAAGGAAAGAAGCAAGACGUGAAUGACGAUAGUUUUCAAUCGUAUGUGAAGGACUGCCUGGAAACGAUUCGACAGGAUGUCGAAACCAUAAAGAACAAUCAAGCAAAAUUCAAAGAAGACUUGAAAACUUUCGAACAAAAACUCGAAAGAACUACAGAGUCGCUUAACCUAAAGUUCGAUACUCUAAACGGCGAAGUCCACGUGGCCAUCACCAGAGUUGACAAGUUGGAGGAUGAGGUCAGCAAGCUCGCUACUAAUGUCAAUCAAGCGUACGAAAGGCUUUUAUCAUUGGAACGUUACUCAAGAGAUUUCAACCUACGAUUUUACAACAUUCCCGAGGACUCAAUAAUGAGAACUGUAUUGAAAAAUUGAAGACCAUACUAUCUAAUGAUUUGGGCAUCAAAAGCGUGAUAGAGAACGCGCAUAGGAUUGGGGACCCAGGACUGGCGCUUCAAAUGACCAGGACCUGUCAUUGCCAAGUUUCUUUAUCGACCGGAACGUCUUCAGGUAAUCCAGAAUAAGAGAAGUCUAAAGAAUCGCGUGAGAAUAUCUGACGAUUUAAUCUGGGAGGACAGACAAAAAAAGAAGAAGUUAAAAGAAAUCAUGAAACAAGCGUAUGAGGAGGGAAAGAAGCCCCGUUUUCACCACGGUAAUUUGUAUAUUGAUGGGGUUCUAUAUAAAAGUGGCUAGAAUUUCAAUAUUGCUUGUAUGUAUCGUUUGUGAUAAAUUUUAUGCAAAUGGCUCGAAACGAAAAUGAUCCUGACUUGAAUUUACAAUCUUUUAAUGACCACGGGAUUUUUACUAUUGAUGAAUUGAAUGAAUUUUAUUCCCCGUUGUCAAGCCAUACUUUUCUGCGUUACAUUUAAAUAUCAGAAAUUUGAAUCAACACUUUACUGAUUUAUGCAACUUAUUAGAUUCUACUCCUUUUACUUUUGAUUUUAUUGGAUGUUCGGAGACUUGGCUCUCACCUCAUAGUUAUUUAGAUUGUUUUUCAAUCCCAGCUUACGUCUUUAUAAAUGAUACUGUCGUACCUAUUCGUCUGGUGGGGGAGUAGGAUUCUGGCCCCCGGGGUAGGAUUGUAUGUAAAAUCUGAUCGCAACUUUCAUUUACGGGAUGACUUGAGAAUAGAUACUAUAGAAAAUGUGUGGAUAGAAACACAAGACUUAAUUAUUGGUGUUAUAUAUAAACCGCCCUGUUGAUCUAAUCGUGAUUUCUUAGAUAAGCUUGAGGAAAAUUUACAUACAAUUUACCUCUCCAAGAAGAAAUGUUUGAUUAUGGGUGACGAUAAUAUCAACACGCUUAAACAAAGUAACAUAUCAAAAGAAUACCUAAAUUUGCUGCGCUCUGAAGGUUUCAGUCCUUUAAUAUUCGAGGCAACUCGGGUUACUGAAUCUAACCAGACUUGUAUUGAUCAUAUUUAUACCAACGUUUCGUUACCAUCUACGAGUGGAAGUAUUGCCGUGGAAAUAGCUGAUCACCUUCCAGUCUUUACCAUUUUGUACAAUUUAGAUCAAACCCCGUUUCCGGAUAAGCUUGAAUAUAGAGACUUUAAGAGAUUUGACAGUGGGCUAUUCAAGACGGCAUUAAGUCAGGUAGAUUGGUCUCCAGUUUUCACUACUAGCGAUGUCAAUGAGUGUUUAACUAGAUUCCUUCACAUUUUCAAUCGGAUAAGUAAUCAACAUGCCCCGUUGAAAUCAACUAGGGUGAAAAAUUGUACUUCCAAACCAUGGAUAACUCCAGGUUUGAAAAAGUCAAUGAAGGUGCGUGACAAACUGUACAAAAAAUGGUUAACAACACGAAAUAUACUGUUUUUGAACAAAUACAAGUUUUAUCGUAAUAAAAUAGUUUCCACAAAUAAAUAUUAUCGCACCUUGUAUUAUAAUAAAAUUCUUGCUGACUCUACCAACUCAAAGAAAAUUUGGGAUAAUAUAAACUUCAUUAUUAACAAAAGGCGCCAUUCUUCUCAUAUCGACAAACUCCAAAUUGAUGUCAAAGAAUAUUUACAACCAAAUUCUAUUUCUAAUGUUAUAAAUAAAUUUUUCUGCAACAUACCUAGUCGACUUGCCUCUAAACUGCCUAAAUCAAAUCGUUAUUUUGGCUCUUUUUUAAAAUCGACUGGAUCUAAAUUUCGUUUUACAUUAAUGCAUGAAAUAGAUGUUUUUCUAAUUCUUGAUAAUCUUGAUGGUAAAAAGUCGUUUGGUGUAGAUAAACUUCACCCUUUUUUGGUCUCGGUUAAGGCAUUUCAAAUUUUUCGUCCUAUAACGUAUAUAAUUAAUCUGUCCAUCAAGCAAAUAACUUUUCCUGAUAAUCUAAAAAUCGCUAAAGUGAUUCCUAUCUUUAAACAGGGAUCCCUUUCAUUGUGUGAUAAUUAUAGACCAAUAUCAGUUCUUCCAGUAUUAAGUAAAGUUUUUGAAAAAUGUAUUUAUAAUCAACUUAUAUCUUAUUUUUCGUCUGAAAAUAUUAUCACUCCUACUCAAUAUGGGUUUAAGCCAGGCAGUACCACUGUGGACUGUCUUGUUGAUCUCAUUGAAGAAAUCUCUAACUCUCUAGAUCAAGGAGAUUAUGCUGUAUCAAUAUUUUUAGAUUUGAGUAAAGCAUUCGAUACCGUCAACCAUUCGAUUUUAUUAUCAAAGCUAUCGUUCUAUGGCAUUCAAAAACCUCAUAUCGACUGGUUCAAAUCGUAUGUUAAUAAGAGAAAGCAGAGAGUUUUUGUAAAUGGUAACAUUUCUGACACCAUGCCAAUUUCUUCUGGUGUACCUGAAGGAUCAAUUUUAGGACCGUUGUUAUUCUUGAUAUAUAUAUAAACAGGGGCACCCAACGACCGUUUUCUGGGAAAUGAUCUGAAAUGGCUCGUUAUGCAUCCUGGAGUGCUUUAAAAGCAAUAUAAAUCAAUAAUUCGCAUCGCUAAAAAAAUUUGAUCUGUUCGGUCGUCCUAGGAGUGGUUUGAACCUCUCGAAUUUUUUAGGGCUGUUUUUCGCCUUUCCCGAAAAUAACAGCCUACAGUGAAAGCUUUCCGAAAACGUAAGAUUACCUGACGAGGGGUUUUUGUUCGAAAACUCUAUCUCUUGUGGGAAUGUCUUCGAAUUUUCUAGGGCGACGUAGAAUGUAUAGAAAAUUCUAGGUGUAAUAAUAAGAAUAAUUAUAAUAAAAAAAUAAGAAGAACAAAAAUAAGAACAAUAGAAAAGGCAUUUAAGUGAUUUUAAUGCCAGUUUCAAACGUCUUGUACCCUGCCGAACUCAAUUCGCACGGCACUUACUGAAAAAUCUGAAAUACGGCAUGGCACUGACUGAUUAGCAGGGUUUUUUGCUAUUCUUAGUUUACGAAAGCUACGAAAUUUCUAGGUGCCGAAAUCAGAAUCUAGAGAUUACUACGAAAGCUAAGAAAUUUCUAGGUGAUCUAGAGAUUACUACAAAAUCCGAAAUUCUUAGGUGAACAAACCUCCCAAAUCCCGAAACUCUGAGCCCAACAACCAGUCACCACGAAACAUUUUCGAAAUUUUUAGCUGUUCUUGGGCUCUCGAAAAUUUUAGCCAUUCUAGAGGGCUCCGAACAGAUAUUUCUCAGAAAAUGGUCGUUGGGUGCCCCUGUAUAAACGACUUUACUCAAUCUUCUGAUUUCUUCUCCAUGAGACUAUUUGCAGACGAUACCUCUUUAACAGCUUCAGCUAAAAAUAUAGAUGAACUCUUAUUAAAGAUAAAUAAAGAACUACCUAAUAUUUAUGACUGGCUAUGUGCAAAUAAAUUAACCUUAAAUCUAAGAAAAACUAAAUAUCUUAUCUUUCAACCUUGUCAGAAAGUAGAUUAUAAAAUAUUACCUCCGCUAUCGAUAGCUGGAGUGCUUAGAGCAAGUAUCCAAAAUUAAAUACUUAGGUAUCUAUAUUGACAGCCACCUAUCCUGGCAUGACCAUAUCAACUAUGUUUGUGAUAAAGUC